AUUGCCCCUCUUCUCUCUCGUGCCCUUGCCCUAGAUUCCUUCCCCAACUCUCUCUCUCUCUCUCUUCAUCCCUUUGAUAUCCCCAAACCCUAGAGGACUAGAUCCAUCUAUAUCUCUCUACCCCGCUUGAUGGAGCUCGUGCCGAUUUGGGUUAGGGUUAGGGUUUCUCUCGCGCUCUCCAAGCCCUAGCACCGGCGAUCGUUCACUGCUAUGGAGGGCUCCUCCUGCGCCGACGACCCUUCCGCUCCCGACUCGUGGGAGAUGGCCGAUUUGGAAGAGAGCGUGAGUCGUUUGCUGCUCUCUUCCGGGAAGAACGCCCCUGGCGCCGACGAUGCCUCUCGGCUGGAGCUCGCGGCGGCGGCGCCCGCUACGUUGUCGGAUUCUUCUGUGGAGCGCGGCGGAGCGGCCUUGGGGGACGCCGUUAUCGAGGUUGAUCAGUUCCUCAGGGAAGCGUUGGAGAAGCCCCGGGAACGGAUUUCGAUUCUUAGGAUGGAACAAGAUAUCGUGAAGUUUAUCAGAGAUCCAACUCAACAACAAUUAGAAUUCCAGGCACUUCCGACUUCCUAUCUUCGAUUGGCUGCACAUCGUUUGGCUCAGCAUUAUUAUCUUCAGUCAGUUGCUAUACCAGACAGUAGUUCAUCUGAUGGGUCUGGUUCUCGUGUAGUUCUCCGAAAAACACAUACAGAAUGUCGCUUUCCUCCCAUUCGCCUUGCAGAUAUUCCUGUAAACCUUCCCCAAGAAGACAACAAUACUGUUGUUAAACUUGCAAUUAAGCAGCGUCCGCAGAGACGGACACAGAAUACUAGCAAUGCAAAUGUCCAUUCUAUGAAAACAAAUUAUCAGAAAAGUGUUGAAGAAAGAAAAGAAGAGUAUAACAGGGCACGUGCACGAAUAUUUAGCAAUAACAAUAGUAGUAGCAGUAGCAGCAUGGUUGUUAAAGAAGAUGAUGAGCCAAAGCUUCCUGAGAGUCUCGAUCCGUGCUCCUCCAUAGAGCUGACUUCGGAUGCUAAAUUGUCACUUGAAGGUUGUGAAAGUGCUUCCGCAAGUGGUAUAAAUGAUUCUUGUUCAGGUGGCAACAGACUGAGUAAGAAUGCGAAUGAGAAAGAUCCUGCAGUCGGUAGAUAUAGAGCAGGUGGGAGGGUAGCAAUCUUUCGUGACCGUGAAGUGGAUCGUAAGGAUCCCGACUAUGACAGGAAUUAUGACAGAUACAUGCAAAGAUUUGAUCCUGGUUUUGGAUUUGGUGGUGGUCCCUAUACCAUGCAACCACUUUUUUCUCCUGCUGUUAACUACAAUACUGAGUUCCCUCAGCUUGGAUCAGGCCACAGGUCUCAGCUCUCUAUAGAACAGCAACCUCGGCCUAUUCCUCAGCAUCUUCAUGGACCAUGGUCGGCCCCACCUACCCCUAAUCCGUUGGGUUAUAGACCUUCCGAAGGCAUGAUGGCACCUUUUAAUCCCAAUCAUAUUGGUGGUUCUGCCGCAUCCUCUAUUUACAUGCACUCAUCUCAGUAUUCCGGCCCUCCACACCCAGGAAUGGCUUUUGUCCAUCCGAACGAACACAUGCAACCCUUUGUCCGGCAGAGUCAACAACAACAACCUGAUGCAAGUUUUGGAUUAGCCCGGCCCCGUUAAGGGGCCUGGCCAUGCCUGCACCUGCCAGCAUUUACAUCGGAAUGUCCGAUAAUUUCAGCUGCACCAUUCAUUAUUUUGCUGGCAGGGGUAUUGCAGGCGUAGGAAAACCGAGAAUUGUUGGAGCAUUCUAUCUCACUUUCUAAUGGGACCAUUUUGCAAUAGAAACAUGCACAUUUUUAAAUUUUGGAACUUUGAUCCACUUUUUUCAGUUUGGCACCAUUGAACUAUAAUAUUAUCUUAUGGACCUGUAUGCCUUAGCGGAAUCUCUGAUGCAUAUAUGAUCGUCUAGAGCUUUAGGGGCAUUCCCAUCCAUAAAGAAUGAUAUUUGCCCAAAAUUGUAAAGACGUAAAAAGUGGAUCAUAGUCACAAAAUCGAAUGAAAUGAUGCACUCUUUUAGCGAAAGAAAAAGAGGACCCCCUUUUCCAAAAACUAAGCUAGCUUCAACAUUCUCGGAGCUAUUGCUUCCUGCAAACUUGAGAAGCAGGAAGGGCACUUCUGUGUAAGAAGUGUUGGCAUCGACGAAAACUUGAGUGGACUCUUUCUAGGAAACCUGUUUGUCGGCACAGGGAGAAGAAAGAGAACAGCAACCGGCCAGGAUGUAAAUAGUUGAUUUCAAUGGAGAAGCAUACAUGCCUCUUGCCUCAUUCGCGCACGUUCUUGUGUGGAGGGGCUUCAAGUGAACUAAAGCCGGAGCUACCAAGUCGAAAAAUGUUAUGCUGCUUGCGAAAUUAACGAAUAGAACAAGUUAGUUAUACCUAGUAUUGUAAUACAAUAUUCUCAUCAUAAUGAGAACAUAAAAUCAACUUGAUGUUAACCCUUUUUUUUUUUUUUUUUAUAAAAUCUAUUUUCUGCUUUAUUCUAUGCCUGUUAAGUAUCACUGCUCACUAUUUGAUUGCCCCUGUUGUGUUUA